GCCACCAACAGAACUCAUGGCGACUCCUUCUCGUUCAUCUUGAUGGGUCUACCUGGCCUAGAAGGUGCCCAAUUCUGGCUGGCCUUCCCGCUCUGCGCCAUGUACCUUGUGGCUGUGGUGGGCAACUGUACCGUGGUGCUUGUCGUGAAGGCAGAGCCAGCCCUCCACACGCCCAUGUACUUCUUCCUCUGCAUGCUGGCUGCCGUGGACCUAGUGCUCUCCACCUGCACCAUGCCCAAACUCCUCGCCUUCUUUUGGUUUGAUGCCAAGGAGAUCAGCUAUGGGAGUUGCCUUCUCCAGAUGUUCUUCAUCCACACUCUAUCAGGCAUUGAAUCAACCAUCCUCUUGGCCAUGGCUGUGGAUCGCUAUGUGGCCAUCUGCCAUCCCCUGCAGCACUCCUCCAUCCUCACCAACGCAGUGACGGCUAAAGUGGGCUUGGUGGCCGUGGUGAGAGGAGUCGUCUUCUUCCUCCCUCCUCCACUGCUGAUCAUUCGCCUGUACUUCUGCGGCUCCACUGUCCUCACACAUUCCUAUUGUGUUCACCAAGAUGUGAUGCACCUGGCUUGUGGGGACAGAAUGCCCAACAUUGUAUAUGGCUUGACUGCUAUUCUCCUGGUGAUGGGCCUUGAUUCUUUGCUCAUCUUUGUCUCCUAUUUGAUGAUCAUUAAGACCGUCCUGCAGCUGAAGUCAAAGGAGGAGCGCCUCCGGGCUUCUGGGACCUGUGUGGCCCAUGUGUGUGUUGUCUUGUCCUUCUACGUGCCCCUGAUUGGGCUGUCUGUGGUGCACAGGUUUGGGAGAGACCUUCCUGUGCUGGUUCAUGUCACAAUGGGCAACGUCUACCUCUUGGUGCCUCCAGUGCUCAACCCCAUUGUCUAUGGAGCCAGGACCAAGGAGAUACGAGAAAGGGCAUUGAGGAUAAUGAGGAUAGGGAGGGAGGGAGGCCCUCAUUGA